AUGUUACCACCUACGGCCGGUAUAGCACAGGAUCAACGCGACCGGCCCGAGAUGGCGUACCAGCAGAGACGUGACGUUAGAGAAAUAACGAGGGACAUCAUCAGGGACGCCCGCGUCAGUAAUCGACAGUCCAUGUCGCCUGGAGCGCGCGACCGUUUCCCGUCGACCUCGUCUACGGACGACAACGAGUCCGGCACCGAUGGCGAGGCGGACCGGUCGAGGCGCGCGAUGGCGCACGCGCCCCCGCCCGGCAUAGUGUCCGUGCGCAAGAGACGCGGCAACUUGCCGAAGCACUCGGUGAAGAUCCUCAAGCGCUGGCUGUACGAGCACCGCUACAACGCAUACCCAAGCGACGCGGAGAAGCUCACGCUCAGCCAGGAGGCGAAUCUCACGGUGCUGCAGGUGUGCAACUGGUUCAUCAACGCCCGCCGCCGCAUCCUGCCCGAGAUGAUAAGGCGCGAGGGCCACGACCCCCUGCAUUAUACGAUCUCGCGGCGCGGCAGGAAGCAGCUGGGCUCCGGCAGCGGCCAGCCGGGCCUUUUGGUUGGCUCCUGGGACAACGAGCAGGAGGCGGAGGGCGAGCGCGGCCGCGACCACGAUUACGGCGACGGGCUGCUCGUGUACCGCAGCGACGGCGACGAGGUGGCCGACGGCGAGGAGGGCUACUCGUCGAGCGCGGUCAGCGAGGAGGAGGUCAAGUACGACCCCUCCGUCUGGCAGUCGGUCAUCCGCUACGGGCCGGAGGACCGCGAGCUGCACCCCGCCGCCAGAGGGAGCGCGGCGGUGGUGACGGUGCGCACGUCUGAGGAGGCGGCGGCGGAGGAGGCGGCGGCCGGCGGCGGCGAGGGGGGCGCCGGCGGGGCGGGCGCGGGGGGCGCGGGAGGCGGCUCCGACGGCGGCGGCUGGCACCCGCAGCUCGCGCACCUGCCGCAGCUGCCGCACCCGCUGCGCCGCCGCCUGCAGGUGGUACCGAGCAGCGCGGCGGCGGACGGCGAGCGCGACAAGUUCAAAUGCCUCUACCUGCUGGUGGAGACGGCGGUGGCCGUGCGCCAGCGCGAGAAGGAGCAGGAGGAGGCCAUCGGCGCACUGACUGCGUGCUGGCCCGCGGUCUAUCGGUGGACAGUCGCGCGCAUUUCACUUGGCUACGGUCGCGUACACAGGCGUUCAUCCGCAAGCGAGCUGUUCAUUCGAAUGCUGGCUGCUCGCGUACAGUCGCGUUCAUUUCGUCGGUACACAGUGUUCGGGCUAUCAACGUACCCGUCCACUGCGACAUCCACAAGAAAACUGUCGACGUUGUACUGUCGCGUCCAC